AUGGCAAACAAGGCUCCAGCGUUAUCCAAUAAUAAGAAUAGCAAGCUCCUCCUCGAUGGCUUACAAAAUCCAUACAAUCUUUACAUUCGGGAUUCAAAACUGUCAGGAGCUGGCUCUGGACUUUUUGCGGGCAAAGAAGUGCCUGCUGGAAGCGAAAUCUUUCGUGUGGAUGAUUGCCAGAAAAUGGCACUGAAACGAUACCACAAGAACGAGUGCAAACUCUACAAGAAGAUGAAUGAUCCAACCAUCAAUGGCGGUAACCCUCGAGUAAAGGAACUUAACACAACUAACCGGAUGCUUAUUCGUCUCGUUUCCAUGUAUGAGCACAAAGAUAUAACUACAAAACAGUGGCAAGCGUUUCAGCAUCUUCAAUAUCACAAAGAAGCCGUUAAGCAAGCAAGCCAGGCAGACUUGGCGAGUAUCAAGAGGAAUCUGGAAAUCAACAAAUCUCUGACAAGCCAUGAUCUGACAGUCGAGGAGCUCGAGGGCAUUUAUUGGCGCAUUAUUUUCAAUCAACAAGCCAAGAGACAGAUGCCAGAUACUCUUCUAGGAAGAUAUGUGGUUCCUGCUGCGGCCAUGAUCAACCACUCAUGCAGGGUAAACGCUCAUCCUGUCUCGGACGGAGCUGCAAUCAUUUUGAGAUCCACGCAUUUGAUUAUGAAAGAUGAAGAAAUCACUAGGUCUUACUGUGCUGAGACCUAUACUUACAAGCAGCGGCAAAAUCGUUUACUCAAGGCCUAUGCCUUCAAUUGCAGAUGUCCGAGGUGUCUUAUGGACGAAAAAGACGACCUUAAACACAUGACCAGCGAUCUCAGGCAGGAGGACACGCUUCAGGCGGUUAAGAUGGAAAUCGAGAUUUACAUCACUGCCUUGAUGAAUAAUAGGCCGAGUUUCCUCUCUACAAGUGAUAUUGAAACACGAUGCAAACAGCUAUGUAAUAUAUCGGAGACCGCAAAAUGGUGGCCUAUUGAUCUUGACCCAAUACCAGCGCUGCUUCUAGGUCUUGCAGCCCGGUUCGAGGCUGAAGGACAAUGGAAGCGGGCGCUGGGGCUACGAUUUAAGAUUGUCUACCUUAUCAAUCCAAUACGGUUCCGAGAUCGACUGAAUCCCUUUCGAUUAUCUCAAGAAUUCGAUCUUAUUCAAUUGGAGAGACGAAUCUGUCAGCUGAUGAAAACAGAUACUGAUGUUCAAACGUCGUUCAAAUCUGUCAAGUCAGCCAUAGACUGGGUCUUGUAUGGGCACAUUCUGAUACUCUUGGGGGAUACACAAGAGAGCUUCGGUGUCAACCACGUGUUUCACAAGAUUUUACGACAUCUUGAUCAACAAUUUGUUGAUGCGAAGCUGAGGGAUAGCGGAAUGAAGGAAAGUCAGUGGUACAGUAUGCAAGUUACCAAUGAACACAAGGUGUUGCAGGACAAGAGUGAAGACGUAUUGCUUAAGUGGCUUGGUAUUGAUCUUGGCGACAACUUCUUUUGA